AUGUUUCCAGCACAGUACCGCAAAGUGAUAACUUUAAUGCAAGUCCCAGAGGCAUUAAACGGCACCACAGGGAGUGCAUACGAUUAUGUUGGUAUUUAUAUCUCUGGGGGUGUUGCAAACACGUAUCUCUUUAUGGUGCAAGCUCGUGGUAUAAUGUUGAGAGAAAAUGUAAAAACAAUAGGACACAUGAUCAGACUGUACACUAACAAAAAUACUACGCUGAAUGGCACAGAUUAUCCUGAAGGAAACAAUUCUAGUGACUGUGUUGCUCAAACAACAAUGUAUCUUCCAGAAAACUUCACUUACUCUCCUUACCAGGCAUGUCCAGAGAAGCUGCCUUACAUGAGAGGCCUUAUUGAUGUCAAUAUGAGUGAAAUUAGUUUUGAUGAAAUUCAGCAACUGUUUUCAAAAGAUUUAGACAUUAAACCGGGAGGACACUGGAAACCAAAAGACUGUAAGCCACGAUGGAAGGUGGCAAUCCUUAUUCCUUUUCGGAAUCGGCAUGAACAUCUUCCAAUUUUUUUCCGUCAUCUGAUACCUAUGUUGCAGAAGCAGCGGCUGGAAUUUGCCUUCUAUGUUGUUGAACAGACAGGUACACAACCUUUUAAUCGUGCAAUGCUCUUUAAUGUUGGCUUCAAAGAGGCUAUGAAGGAUGCUGUCUGGGACUGUAUAAUAUUUCAUGAUGUGGAUCACUUACCUGAAAAUGACCGGAAUUAUUAUGGAUGUGGAGAAAUGCCACGCCAUUUUGCAGCAAAGCUUGACAAAUACAUGUACAU